UUUGGGCUGAAAAGAUUAUACCUAGCGAUACUUAUCAAAGAUUAAUUAGUUGUAUAGAAUAUUUAAUCGAUAUUCUUGAAAGUAUCGAUUCAACAACUUCUUCAAAAAGCUCUUCUUCUUUACCUUUCCCUUUAUGGCUUUCGUUUCAACAUUCUUCCUCAAAUAUGGUUCCGGAAAUUUUAAAAACUUUAAAAUGUUGGAAAAAGAAUUCCCCCACCCCUGCAGCAUUAAAUUGGAAUACCUCGGAACGACUAUUAUUUAAAUCUAUGAUUGAUUUUUCUCCUGAAAAGAAAAUCAUAGAAAAUUUAAUGAAAUAUUAUCAAAUAUCUCAAGGAGAUGAAGAAAAGAUUUAUAAGAGUACCUAUUGUCAAUUUCCUAUUAGUACUAAUGUUCCUCAAACCAAAGGUCAAAUUCAUGCUCGUUCCAGAUAUAAUUUUCCUUCUAAUCAUCAAGGAGAUGAAGUUAAUGUUACAAUGUUAACUACUCCUACUAUGGAAUUUGAUGUUUAUCCUACUUCUUGUAUUUUUAGAGCAUUUAGAAUUAUUCCUGAUCUUUCUAAUUCAAUUCUAACGAAAUACUUAAUCUUUCUGAUGAAAUUCCUAAACCUAUUGAAAGGAUUCCAAAUUUAUCUGAUCAAAUUCCUACUGCCCCCCCAAAAAUCCUGA